UCUUGAAUAAAAUUUUAUGAUGAAAAAGUGAUUUUUUCAUCUAAAAAGUGAAUGAACCUUAUAUUUUUUAUUUCAACAGCAAUAUAUUAAAAAAUUUAAAGUAACAUUUAGCAAGUAAUAUAAAAGUUGCUUAAUUUUUCUACUAAUAAAAUCGUUCUAAAUAUAAAAACCUACCAAUAAAACAAAUCAGCUGUUAUCCGUCAAUCGAUGUCAACAAAAUUACAUAAUUUUGUUUAGAAAAACAGUGAAGUUUUACUAUUUUAUGGUGUCAAUUCGAAAUUGAUAAAUAUGUGUUUUAAAAAGAAAAUAUCGUCGCGCAAAUUGUUGUGUUAAACGCAUGGAACAACCCCGUAAAAUUUGUCUUAUUAGCGAUUUUUGUAUAAUGUAGGCCAAUGUAAUUAGUUAUGGAUCGAAAUAAUAUAAUAGAAUGUGGAGGAUUUUAUUUUAUUCAUAAUUUUGACUCUGGAAAUCUGGGACAUGUAGAGCGAGUCCCAACGGAGCUUAUUGCUCCAACAGUCAAUCAGAAAACAAACACUUCAGAAACACCUGAUUAUGAAUUCAAUCUGUGGACAAGGCCUGAUUGUGCUGGCACUGAGUUUGAGAAUGGUAACCGUACCUGGUUUUACUUUGGCAUACAGGCAGCUGAACCAAAUGUGCAGGUGAGGUUGAAUAUCAUAAACCUGAACAAGCAAGGCAAAAUGUAUAAUCAAGGGAUGGCACCAGUGACUAGGACACUGCCAGGGAAACCGCAAUGGGAAAGGAUAAGAGACCGUCCUGUUCAUUCGACUGAUGACAAUACCUUUACACUCAGUUUCAAGUACCGAACUAGCGAAAACCCCAAGGCAACAACAUUUUUUGCUUUCACAUAUCCAUUCUCAUUUGCCGAGUUGCAAAUAGCUUUAAAUUCUAUUGAUCUCAAAAUGCUGCCAUUGCCCUCGCCGCAAUCACCUGAUGAUAUCUACUAUUACAGAGAAUGUCUUAUUUACUCUCUCGAAGGGAGAAGGGUGGAUUUGCUAACUAUUUCAUCACAUCAUGGUAUAACAACAGAAAGAGAGGAGCGACUAAAAAAUUUGUUUCCUGACAACCAAGAAAGACCAUUGAAGUUUCAAAACAAAAAGGUGAUAUUCAUAUCUGCCCGAGUACAUCCAGGAGAAACACCUUCAAGUUUCGUAUUCAAUGGGUUUUUAAACUUGAUACUAACCAGGAAUGACCCCAUCGCCAUUCAGCUCAGGAAGAUAUAUGUGUUCAAAAUGAUACCAUUUCUUAACCCAGAUGGGGUGGCCAGGGGUCAUUACAGAACUGAUACUAGGGGGGUGAAUCUUAACAGGGUGUAUUUAAACCCCUCAUUAACGUAUCAUCCCACGGUGUAUGCAUCGCGAGCUUUAAUAAGAUACUAUCACUUUGGAUAUGAAAAGGAGGAAGACGUAUUUGAAGAUAGCAAGAGCUUUACUUCGAGGAGCAUUGGAAACAUUAGUGAAAGUGCUGAGUUUAUAGAUACCAAAAAAAAGAAGAAUGCUUUCAAAGGAUCCGAUUAUAAACGAGAGAAAUCAUCAUCGGCAAAAUCAGUGAUGAAGAACAAAUCAUCUACCACUAUAAAGCCGGUUUCAAAUGAGGCUUCAAAAGACUUUCAGUCUAUUAGUGGUGAAGCUUCAAAUUUGGCUGACCAGGUAUACGACAUGAAACUGCAAGAGAUGCCGUCCCAAACGACGGAGACAAUGUCCGACGUGUCCAACACGAAUAUGGAAGACACUAGGUCAUUGCUCAACGACAAAGUACUGAGGUCGUGCCUGGGGUCCACCGUUCACUUGAGUACUAGCGAGGAGCUGAACAUGCAUGGUGGCAACCCGUUGAAACCGCUCCGGGAUACACUGAAGAAUAGUAUCAGCCUGCUUAUGGAGUCCAGUAGUUCUGUUGCUGGGGACAGUGCGAUGGGCAGCAAAGACCGCAUGGCGAACGUGAAAGUGGGCUGGUGUGAGGAGUGCCGGCGCGCGGUCAGUCGUAUGGAGGACACUAUGCCCGGCAUAGCGAGCAUGGUGCCGGGGUAUAGUGCUACUAUGAUGAUUCCCGACCCUCCAACCUAUCACUCCAUAGACGAGUAUCGUGAACACCAAAGACUCCAAAUUGAUGAACAGCAACGGAAGUUGCAGGACACGGAGUAUUCGAAGGAAGGCGACAAUAUUUACUUUUGUACAAACUGUUUCAAAAGAUACGUGAUAUCUGAGUUCAACGAAGAAGUGAAAAUAUCAGAAACGAUAUCAUCGACGAGCGUGGGUGUGAGCGUGUGCGCGGGCGACGGCGGCGACGUGUGCGCCGCGCUCGCGCCUCGCAACGUGCUCUCCGCUACCGACACGCUUCUUAUCCCACCCCCACCGAUUGUCAAGGAGGAAAAGCCAAAGUCUCCUACAAAGACGAUAAUUAAAAAGAAACCACCGACCGCUAACACUACUAUUGUAACAAAAAGCACCUACAAAGAACCAGAUAGUGGACUCUUCUUAUACAUUGAUUUACAUGGCCAUGCUUCUAAGAAAGGUAUUUUCAUGUACGGCAAUCACUUCGAAGACGUCGACAAUUCUGUGGAGUGUAUGCUGCUCCCACGCAUUAUGUCCCUCAACAAUUUGCACUUUCAUUUCUCCUCGUGCAACUUUACUGAGCGAAAUAUGUAUCUCAAAGACCGACGGGACGGCAUGUCGCGCGAGGGCAGCGGGCGCGUGGCCGUGCUCAAGGCCACCGGGCUCGUGCGCUCGUACACGCUCGAGUGCAACUACAACACGGGGCGGCUGGUGAACGUGCUGCCGCCGCCCGUGCGCGACGCGCCCCCCCCGCCCGCCGCGCCCGCCGCGCCCGCGCCGCACGCGCACUCCCCCCUCCCGCCCAAGUACACGCCGCACAUCUUCGAAGAGGUGGGUCGUUCGCUAGGAGCAUCCAUCCUGGACCUGACUGGCCAGCAUCCAAACUCUCGCAUCCCGUGCUCAGAGCACCGCAACCUCGCGGCACUGCGUGAUUGGCUGCGGGCGCACACACGCACUAUGCGGCCCCAGUUGACCAUGUCCCGACUGCGACCGAAGGCAUCGUCACCGACGAGGGUGCCGUUGUACGCGAGGUCGAAAGCGAAAGUGACAGAGGAGAGGAAGGAGAACGCGUACGUCGCGGCCAAAACGGACACGGAGCGGCGUCGCAGCCCGCCCGUGCUCGCACAGCGCUCCGGCCACGAGAUCAUCAACAUGAACAUGAAAUUCGGCAAGAAGAACGAGCCGGCCAAAACUCCAUCGCGGACGCGCUACCUGGCUGAAAACGAACCGAAACCCAAGUCUCUGUCCACCAAGCGGCGGAACGUGCUCGCGAUACGCAAGCCCAACGCGAGCAAGACGCAGGUGGGGAAGGCGAAGCUGCGGCGCUCGGCCGACGACGCGGAGAGCACGAGGACGUCGAUAGUGUCCGCUAAGCUGAGCAAGCGCUCGUACGCGCGCUCGCUGCGCGGCGCCGUCACCCGCUCCGCCAACCGCUGCCGGGCGCUCGCCUCCUCCUCCUCCGAGGACAUGCUGGGCGGCACGUGGGAGGACGUGGCCGGCGGGACGGUGCUGGGCUCGCAGCCCGUCUCGCACUCGGAGACCAUGUCGAUGGGCGCGAAACGCCGCUCGUUCCCCAACGCCUCCCCCUCCCACCUCAAGAAGAUCCGCCUGAAAACCGUCUUGUAGCGCAAACCGCGCGCGAGGCCGGCUCCAGAACCCGACCCUCGCCCCUGAUUAAGCCUUUCUACACAUUGGCCGGUAGUGUGGUGCACACUGUACUGGGCGAUCGGCACGUGUAAAAACGCUCUCGUGGAAUUUUCACAGCGAAUUUUAGAUUUUUUUUUACAUAAUUUUAUAUUAAUAUAUUUGAAACUGGAUUGUAAAAAAAAACGUUAAAUGUGCAAUAACUUUAAUAUAAAAAUAGGAAUGUUUCGUAUUGUAACUAAUAAUAGGCUACGUGUGUUAAAUUCUUAGGUUGGUGAUGAGAAAUGAGUGGAUUUGGUUCUAAAACCUAAAAAAUGGUCUAAAUUGUUUGAAAAAUAAUCUUUCCCUUCUAUCUUGUUAUCGUUCACUGCCAUAGUAUGAAUGCAAUAAAUUACUUGAUACAAUCAAACAAAAAUACAUAAAUACUAAACCAGUAUCCACUCAUAGCUAGCUCAACACAUAAUUGUCUUGUAUCAUAUGUUAAUCGAGUUACAUUAAAUGUUAUUGUAAAUGUGAUAUGAUUUGUAAAAUUGAUUGUAUACUUUUUAAAUAGUAUUCUAAAAUUUUAGUAUUUCUGUAAAUCAGGCUUACCGUUCGAAUAUGACACAAUAAGGGAUUUAGAGUAUUUAAUAUAAUAUAUUCUUAUUUAGUUAGAUAUCUUGGAAAUUAUAACAAUCUAAUUUUCUAUAAACAAAAUAUACUUGACUUUUCUAUUGACUGAGUUUGUAUCGGACAUAGUCAUAAUAAGGUUUGAUGCUUGCCAUCGAUUUCUUAGGAAUAGCGGACUAGAUUAUCUUUGUUAGAGAAAUUUUUAAAACUUUUAUUUUUAUUUUAUAUAUAUUUUAUCCAUCGACUAACGUUAAAAUAAAUAACUUUAAAAUUAUGCAAAUAAUAAUAAUAAUAGAAAUAAAAACAGAAAUAAUUAUAACUUUCAGAAAUUUAUACAAGCAGAGUAACAAAAAACAAUGUUGCAGAAAAACUAAAAACCUUUAUAUUUAAUUUCUGUCCCACCGUUUCCGUUUAAGAUUAAAAAGAAUGUUGCAGUAAUUUAUUUAAAAAAAUGGGCGGCAAGUUCAAACAAGUUAAUAUUUUUGCAUUAUAAUUAACCAUUUGUUUUUUUUAUCUUUAAAAAUAUGGAUAGAAACUAGUUUAAAAUUAUUUAUAGAAGUAUGGCUUGUGCCCUGUUUUAAUUAAAUUUAUUUAUUCAUCUGCAAUGCAUCGUAAUACAAAUGUUAAUUUGCAAUUUUUUUUCAAAAUCGUUUCUUUCACACUUGUGUUGGCUUAAUGUUAUUAAUAAAGAAUAGUACAUAACUAUUUAUUGUCUGAAAUAAUA